AUGGGCGCGCCGAGGCUCUGCGCGGUGGCGCUGGGACUGCUGCUGUGCGCGGUGCUGGGGCGGCUGGGCCCGGCCGAGGGCAGCGGUCGCGGCGGCUCGGGGACACUCGGGCAGCCUUCUGGGGUCGCCGCCGAGCGCCUGUGUCCCGCUCCCUGCCGCUGCCUCGGGGACCUCCUGGACUGCAGUCGCCAGCGGCUGGCGCGCCUUCCCGAGUCGCUCCCGCCGUGGGUCGCUCGGCUGGACUUGAGUCACAACAGAUUGUCUUUAAUCAAGGCAAAUUCCAUGAGCCACCUUCAGAGCCUUCGAGAAGUGAAACUGAACAACAAUGAAUUGGAGACCAUUCCAAAUCUAGGACCAGUCUCAGCAAAUAUUACACUUCUCUCCUUAGCUGGAAACAGGAUUGUUGAAGUAUUACCUGAACAUCUGAAACAGUUUCAAUCCCUCGAAACUUUGGACCUGAGCAGCAAUAAUAUUUCAGAGCUUAAAAUUCCCCUUCCACCCCUACAACUCAAAUAUCUGUAUAUCAACAGCAACCGGGUCACUUCGAUGGAACCUGGGUAUUUUGACAGUUUGGCCAACACGCUCCUGGUGUUGAAGCUGAACAGGAACCGAAUCCCGGCUAUCCCCCCCAAGAUGUUUAAACUGUCCCAACUACAACACCUUGAACUGAACCGAAACAAGAUUAGAAAUGUAGAUGGGCUCACAUUCCAAGGGCUUGGUGCUCUGAAGUCUCUGAAAAUGCAAAGAAAUGGAGUAACAAAACUUAUGGAUGGAGCUUUUUGGGGGCUGAGCAACAUGGAAAUCUUGCAGCUGGACCAUAACAACCUAACAGAGAUUACCAAAGGCUGGCUUUACGGCUUGCUGAUGCUGCAGGAACUUCAUCUCAGCCAAAAUGCCAUCAACAGGAUCAGCCCUGAUGCCUGGGAGUUCUGCCAGAAACUCAGUGAGCUGGACCUAACUUUCAAUCACUUAUCGAGGUUGGAUGAUUCAAGCUUCCUGGGCCUAAGCUUACUAAAUACACUGCACAUUGGGAAUAACAAAGUCAGCUACAUUGCUGAUUGUGCCUUCCGGGGGCUUUCCAGUUUAAAGACUUUGGAUCUGAAGAACAAUGAAAUUUCCUGGACUAUUGAAGACAUGAACGGUGCUUUCUCUGGGCUUGACAAACUGAGGCGGCUAAUACUCCAAGGGAACCGGAUUCGAUCUAUUACCAAAAAAGCCUUUACUGGUUUGGACGCAUUAGAACAUCUAGAUUUGAGUGACAACGCAAUCAUGUCGUUACAAGGCAAUGCAUUUUCACAGAUGAAGAAACUUCAGCAAUUGCAUUUAAAUACAUCAAGCCUUUUGUGCGAUUGCCAGCUAAAAUGGCUCCCACAGUGGGUGGCAGAAAACAACUUUCAGAGCUUUGUAAAUGCCAGUUGUGCCCAUCCUCAGCUGCUAAAAGGAAGAAGUAUUUUUGCUGUUAGCCCAGAUGGCUUUGUGUGUGAUGAUUUUCCUAAACCCCAGAUCACGGUUCAGCCAGAAACACAGUCGGCAAUAAAAGGUUCCAAUUUGAGUUUUAUCUGCUCGGCUGCCAGCAGCAGUGAUUCCCCGAUGACUUUUGCUUGGAAAAAAGACAAUGAACUACUGCAUGAUGCUGAAAUGGAAAAUUACGCACACCUGCGGGCCCAAGGCGGCGAGGUGAUGGAGUACACCACCAUUCUCCGGCUGCGCAGCGUGGAAUUCACCAGUGAGGGGAGAUAUCAGUGUGUCAUCUCCAAUCACUUUGGCUCAUCCUACUCUGUCAAAGCCAAGCUCACAGUAAAUAUGCUUCCUUCCUUCACCAAGACCCCCAUGGACCUUACCAUCCGAGCCGGGGCAAUGGCGCGUCUGGAGUGUGCCGCCCUGGGGCAUCCAGCCCCACAGAUAGCCUGGCAGAAGGACGGGGGCACAGACUUCCCUGCUGCGAGGGAGAGACGCAUGCAUGUUAUGCCAGAGGACGAUGUGUUCUUUAUUGUGGAUGUGAAGAUAGAGGACAUCGGGGUUUAUAGCUGCACAGCUCAGAACAGUGCAGGAAGCAUUUCUGCAAAUGCGACUCUGACUGUCCUAGAGACACCAUCCUUUCUGCGGCCCCUGUUGGACCGAACUGUAACCAAGGGAGAAACGGCCGUCCUGCAGUGCAUUGCUGGAGGUAGCCCUCCUCCCAGACUGAACUGGACCAAGGAUGACAGCCCCUUGGUGGUCACCGAAAGGCACUUUUUUGCAGCAGGCAAUCAGCUGCUGAUCAUUGUGGACUCUGAUGUCAGCGAUGCUGGGAAGUACACGUGUGAAAUGUCUAAUACCCUUGGCACUGAGAGAGGCAACGUGCGCCUCAGUGUGAUCCCCACUCCCACCUGCGACUCCCCUCAGAUGACCGCUUCGUCGUUAGACGACGACGGAUGGGCCACCGUGGGCGUCGUGAUCAUAGCAGUGGUUUGCUGUGUGGUGGGCACAUCGCUCGUGUGGGUGGUCAUCAUAUACCACACAAGGCGGAGGAACGAAGAUUGCAGCAUUACCAACACAGAUGAGACCAACUUGCCAGCAGAUAUCCCUAGUUAUUUGUCAUCUCAGGGAACCUUAGCCGACAGGCAGGAUGGGUACAUCUCCUCAGAAAGUGGAAGCCACCACCAGUUCGUCACUUCUUCAGGAGGCGGAUUUUUCUUACCGCAACACGACAGUAACGGAACGUGCAAUAUCGACAAUAGCAGUGAAGCCGAUGUGGAAGUUUCCACGGAUCCAUUCCUUUGUCCCUUUUUGGGAUCCUCAGGCCCUGUGUAUUUGAAGGGGAAUGUAUGUGGCUCCGAUCCUUUUGAAGCCUAUCAUACAGGCUGUGGCCCUAACCUGAGAACAGCUUUAAUGGACCACUGUGAGCCCAGUCACAUAAAGAAAAAGGAGUGCUACCCAUGUCCUUAUCCUUCAGAAGAAUCCUGUGAACAGAAUGGCAGUGAUGUAGGAUGGCCUUCACAUGUGAGGAAAUUAAUCAACUCCACUUACUCUCAGAAUGAAGGACCCGGAAUGAAAAGUUUGUGUCUAAACAAGUCCUCUUUAGAUUUCAGUCUAAGUCCAGAGCCAGCAUCAGUUGCUUCAAGUAAUUCUUUCAUGGGAACAUUUGGAAAGCCUCUGAAGAGAGCUCACCUGGAUGCUUUUUCAAGCUUUGGACAGCCAUCAGAUUGUCAGCCAAGAGCGUUUCACCUAAAAGCUCGUUCUUCCCCAGACUUGGACUCUGAGUCAGAGGAAUAUGGGAAAGAAAGGACAGAUUUUCAGCAAGAAAAUCACACGUGUACCUAUCAACAGACCUUAGAAAACCAUAGGACUCCAAAUUUUCAGUCUUAUGACUUGGACACCUAGACUGAGUAGGAGCAAAGAAGAGCUCUAACAUACUACCUCAAGCAGACUUUUAUUUAAAAGAGAGAGAAUCCUAUGUUUUUAAAUGGAGUUAUGAAUU